UUAUAUUAAAGUACAAACUCUUCAUUUUAAUCCUAUUCCUUGGUUCUUUGUCUCUCUGACGACGACUCCUUUCCUCUUUCCGAUCCCUCCCCUUCGUAUCGAAACGCUGUAUCUCGUCGGUCAUUGAAGGAAAGCAAAUAAAAUGGAGAGAAAGCAAAGCUCCAAAUUGAACAUUGCCAUCAUACACCCAGAUCUUGGCAUAGGUGGAGCUGAAAGAUUGAUUGUUGAUGCGGCCGUUGAAUUAGCAUCCCAUGGGCACAGUGUUCAUAUUUUCACAGCUCACCAUGACAAAAAUCGAUGCUUUGAGGAAACCCGUGCUGGUAUCUUUCCAGUUACAGUGUAUGGUGACUUCCUACCACGACAUAUUUUCUACCGUCUUCAUGCUGUAUGUGCAUAUCUGCGCUGCAUGUUUGUUGCUCUUUGUGUGCUGUUCAUGUGGCCAUCAUUUGAUGUUAUACUAGCAGACCAGGUCUCUGUUGUCAUCCCAUUGGUGAAACUUAAAAAGUCAACAAAGGUUGUGUUCUAUUGUCAUUUUCCUGAUUUGUUACUAGCUCAGCAUACAACGUUUCUUAGGAGGAUGUACAGGAAACCUAUUGAUUUUAUAGAAGAACUGACAACAGGAAUGGCAGAUAUGAUACUUGUUAAUAGCAGAUUUACUGCAUCUACCUUUGCGAAAACAUUUAAGCAUCUUCAUGCACGAGGAAUUAGACCAGCUGUUCUUCACCCUGCAGUUAAUGUGGAUCAGUUUGAGAAGCCACAUUCUUAUAAGUUGAAUUUUCUCUCCAUCAAUCGCUUUGAAAGGAAAAAAAACAUAGAUUUAGCAGUUUCUGCUUUUGCGAUGCUUCACACUCUUGAAGGAAAUAUCCAUCAAACUUCUACCCUGGCUGAUGCUAACUUGACAAUUGCUGGUGGAUAUGAUAGACGCCUAAGGGAAAAUGUGGAGUACUUAGAGGAGCUCAAAAGCUUAGCAGAGAGGGAAGGAGUGGCUGAUCAGGUUAAUUUUGUUACGUCUUGCUCAACAGCAGAAAGGAAUUCUCUGCUCUCUCAAUGCCUAUGUGUCCUUUAUACACCAACGGAUGAACACUUUGGCAUUGUUCCAUUAGAGGCGAUGGCAGCACACAAACCUGUUAUAGCAUGCAACAGUGGUGGUCCUGUGGAAACAAUUAAGAAUGGAGAAACUGGAUUUCUUUGUGAUCCAACUCCAAAGGACUUUGCUUUGGCCAUGGCUAAACUCAUUCAAGACCCAGAGAUGGCAAAGAGAAUGGGGGAACAGGCUAGGCAGCAUGUCAAUGAAUCAUUUUCUACAAAUAUUUUUGGCCAGCGUUUGAAUCAGUUUCUUCUGGAUGUUGCUAGACAUAAGCAGGACUGAAAAUGGGGAUGAGAAAUGAAAGAUGACCUUUUUCAACAUAAUAUGCGGACACUGUCAACAUUAGCCUAUCCUUACAUCAUCAGUAGUGUUUUCUUUCUUGAGCCAUUAGGAGGGAUGGCAUUUAUACUUGAGAUGGUUAGCCAAGUCAACUAAAUCUAAUGACUUAUUAUAUGAGUGUGAUAUAACUCUCUUGUUGGAUUUUACAGCUACUAGUGCAAGAAAAAUGCGAUAUUUUUGUGGUUAUGUUGACUCCGUUAUUGUUCCAUAAUGGACAAUUGCUUUUGGCUUAUUUAGAUAA